CCGAUAUCCACAAAGUUAACAACACUGUUGUGUUCUCUUGCUUCGUAAUUUUUCGUUUUUUAUUUUCGGUUUUCGGUUGCUUUGUGUUUAUCAAAAUGGCGUUGUGUUGUGCUAUUUCAAAUGAAGUGCCGGAACAUCCCGUAGUAUCUCCAUCUUCAGGUGCUAUUUUUGAGAAACGCAUUAUAGAAAAGUAUAUCCAAGAAAAUGGAGUAGAUCCUAUAAGCGGAAAGGAGCUUAGUAUGGAGGAUUUAAUAGAAAUAAAAACUCCCCCUAUAGUAAAACCAAAACCACCGAGUGCCACAAGUAUUCCAGCAACAUUAAAGUUAUUACAGGAUGAAUGGGAUGCUGUUAUGUUAUAUAGUUUUACCCAGCGUCAACAGUUACAAACUGCAAGGCAAGAACUUAGUCAUGCUUUGUAUCAGCAUGAUGCUGCUUGUAGAGUAAUAGCACGUCUUAAUAAAGAAGUAACUGCUGCCAGAGAAGCUUUAGCUACCCUCAAACCACAAGCUGGAAUAACUACUGUACCACAACCAGCCGUUGCUGCUGAAGCUGGUGGUGUUGCUAAUCAACCAACAGAACAAGCUGGAAUGAGUUCAGAAGUUAUACAGAAAUUACAAGAGAAAGCAACAGUAUUAACACAAGAACGUAAAAAGAGAGGUCGUACGGUUCCUGAAGAAUUGACGACGCAAGAACAACUUAGAUCAUUUAGAACUUUAGCGUCUCUUAUUGGUUUACAUUCAGCGAGUAUACCUGGUAUUCUUGCAUUAGAUGUACAUAGUUCUGAUACGAGUAAAGUGCUUACUGGUGGUAAUGACAAAAAUGCAACUGUAUUUAAUAAGGACACGGAACAAGUUGUAGCCAUUCUUAAAGGACAUACAAAGAAAGUGACUAAAGUAAUAUAUCAUCCAGACGAGGAUCUCGUUCUUACAGCGUCCCCUGAUGCAACGAUUCGAGUGUGGAAUGUACCCACUUCUCAGACUACUCUACUUCUGCGAUGUCACGAUGGUCCUGUAACUGGAUUAUCUCUGCAUCCAACAGGAGACUAUGUUCUUUCCACAUCUGAAGAUCAACAUUGGGCUUUUUCAGACAUUAGGACAGGUCGAUUGCUAACGAAGGUUACGGACAAUUCAAAUGUUCCUCUUACAACAGCCCAGCUACAUCCCGAUGGUCUCAUUUUUGGUACUGGAACUGGAGAUUCUCAAGUUAAAAUUUGGGAUUUAAAAGAACAAAGCAAUGUGGCAAACUUCACAGGACAUUCGGGAGCAAUCACUACCAUUUCCUUCUCCGAAAAUGGUUACUAUUUAGCCACAGCAGCUGAUGACGCAUGUGUGAAACUGUGGGAUUUACGUAAAUUGAGAAACUUUAGAACUUUACAACUUGACGAAGGUUAUCAGAUUAAGGAUUUGUGUUUUGACCAAAGUGGUACUUAUUUAGCAGUUGCUGGAUCUGAUGUUAGAAUUUACUUAUGUAAACAAUGGCAGAAGCUUAAAGUAUUCAACGAUCAUACAGCUACUGCAACUGGUGUAAGAUUUGGUAAACAUGCACGCUUUAUUGCCUCAACUUCAAUGGAUAGAACUUUAAAAUUAUAUGGUUUAGAGUAAACAAUUUGUAUCUUGUGUGAAGAUAAUCUGUACAUUAAUUUUCCCAGAUAUAUUUUUUUCCAAAUCAGUUUUACUUAGUGAUAAUUUUGUGUUAAUAAAACAUCUAC